CUCCCGUCAGCUGACAUUUUAUUUAAGUAAAAAAAUUAUAGGCUGUUUCAGUAAAAUUUAACUUAAAGAAAUAAAAUGGCUUUGCAUUCGGCUAUUAAAGGAAAAUUAAUAUCUGUCAUUGGUGAUGAGGAUACCUGCGUCGGUUUCCUUCUCGGAGGAGUUGGAGAAAUAAACAAAAAUCGCCAUCCAAAUUUCAUGGUAGUCGACAAAAAUACUGCGGUCAGCGAAAUUGAAGAUUGCUUUAAACGCUUUUUGAAGCGCGAUGAUAUUGAUAUCAUCCUGAUAAAUCAAACAUAUGCCGAACUUAUUCGUCACGUCAUCGAUGCGCACACUUCUCCAGUACCAGCUGUUCUUGAAAUCCCAUCAAAAGAUCAUCCUUACGAUGCCAGCAAGGACUCCAUCUUACGACGUGCACGCGGCAUGUUCAAUCCCGAAGAUUUGGUGCGCUAAAGGAGUCACGUAUUACAAUUUAUUUCUUUAAUGUUGUUCAAUGUUUUACAAUACCUAUAACAAAAAAA